AUGACAGCCUGGCUGCUUGUCCUGCUGCUGCCCCUGCUCCAGCCCCGCGCCGUCCAGCCCGCACCCCCAACCUGCUACUCCCGGAUGCUGGGCCUCAGCCAGGAGAUCGAGGGUGCCUUCCAGACUCUGCAAUCCAUGGAGGCCUCGGAGCCGUGUGUGAGGUACCUGCCCAGGCUGCACCUGGACAUACACAACUACUGUGUGCUGGCCAAGCUGCGGGCCUUCGUGGCAUCGUCCCAGUGCUGGAAGGUGGCCCAGGUGGAGAUCCUGAAGGACAAGGUGCGGAAGCUCUAUACCAUCAUAAACUCCUUCUGUCGCCAGGACUUGGUGUUCCUGUCAGAUGACUGCAAUGCCUUGGAAUACCAGAUCCCAGUGACCACAGCCCUGCCAGAUCACCAGCUGUAG